AUGCCGGGCCAAUAUGUGCAUCCCAACUGGACACCGUCUCUCGCUCUGUUUCCCCUGGGCAUCAGCAUCCCCUCCAUCAUCUACUCGCUGUACAUCCUCGCAUACCCCCCUUCCACCUCGCUUGGCCGCAAACUCUGCAUCCUCCUUCUCGCCAUACCAACAGCAAUUGUAUUCCGGUACUCGGACCACAUGUUCCCCAACUACGACCUCGUCGACACCUUUGGCCGCGCAUGCCUCAUCUGGUUCGCACACAUGAGCUUCGAGGUCUGCGUCCUGGAGUUCCGCCCUGUUGUGCGCCAGCCCGGCCAGCCCGGCGAGGUCAUGGACCGGUUCAGGCAGGCAUACAAGGUGUUUUUUGAUCGGAGCCGCGCACAAGUGCUUGAGCAGCAGCGGGACACACUCCCUACUACUUCUGCUGCACCGUCGAAUCCAGACAAGGUGUACACUGCGACGGAUAAGAAAACCGACGAGCCCGUCGUCGUGGCUGCGAAGAAGAUUGUCCGGGAAACAGGAACAAGCCACUAUCAACACGGGUAUUCGCGCUGGCAAUUCGUGCGCUACCACGUGCUCAAAGCAGCCGCCAUGUAUGCUCUACAGCGUGCAUGGGACACGUACGAUCGGCACUUUUAUGCAAAAGGUCUUUGUCGAGACCAAGUGGAGUUUCCCGCCAUCCCAGACCAGCCCGGCGUUGACCAGAUACUAAUCAUGUAA